AUUAAAAAAAAGUGACUAGAGGAGGAAUGAACAGGGUCUCAUUUACGCUUUUCUGUCCGUUACGACUUCCAAUUCCAAAGUGACGAGCAUUGACUUGCCCGUUGUCCACUCCUUCAGUUUUUAUUUCACGUCCUUCGUCUUAAUUGAGAAAUGUCGUCACGAUAUUCUUUACGUGCGACUCCUAGAAAAAAGGAACUCUUCGAUGGAAUGGUCGAAACUCCUGGUCGCCGUUCGACGCGACGGAAAUCCCAGUUUCCCCCUAUUGACGGCGCGUCUGAUGAUGGCGACUCAAGUUCUGCUGCCGAAACUGCCACAAGCAGAUCGACCAGGUCUAGAUCUGUACGACGUCGGACAACCGGCAAAUUCCUCGAGAACAUAGACGAUUCAGAUGUCGCACCGAAGGACGAAGAAUUCAGCCCUGUUCCCGAUGAGAAGUUGUCUGCUGUUCUUAAUGAUAAUGCCAAUGGAAAUGGAAAAGAACCAAAACUUAAUGGAAACACGAAUGGUCAUGCAAAUGGUCACGCAAAUGGGCAUACAAAUGGACAUACAAAUGGAACCGCAAAUGGUCACGCCAAGGAACAGGUCGUCGAUGGUUGGAAGCCGGGCAUGGACCCCAAAAUUGACCACUCUGGGGUCUUUGAGUUUGGAGGUAGUUUCGGUGCCUUGGCUCUCAUGAUUGGAUUUCCUACUCUCAUGUACUAUAUGUGGAUCGGUGCUACCUACUAUGAUGGUAAAUUGCCGUUACCUGAGGAUGGCGAGCCUCUUCUUGAAUUCGGCCGACGUAUGUGGGAUCUUGUCUACACUGGCGCAUUCCCCUCUCUACGAGCAUGGAAGAUCUACUGGGUAUACUACAUCUUCGAGGCUGCUUGCUAUAUGCUCAUGCCCGGUGUUUGGAGUAAAGGCAAGCCUCUUCCUCACGAGGGAGGCAAACAGCUUCCGUACUACUGCUCCGCCUACGCCAGCUUCUAUUUCACAAUCGCCGUUAUGGCUGCUUGCCAUUUCAGCGGUGUGUUCAAGAUCUACACCUUCCUUGACGAAUUCGGUCCCAUAUUGUCGGUCGCUAUCAUUUCCGGCUUCUUGUGUGCCUUUGUCGCAUACUUCUCUGCCAUAAUCCGCGGUGCGACACACCGAAUGACGGGUUACCCGAUCUACGACUUUUUCAUGGGAGCCGAGCUUAACCCCCGCAUGUUUGGAAUUCUCGACUUUAAGAUGUUCUACGAGGUUCGCAUUCCCUGGUUCAUCCUCUUUGGACUCAGCUCCGCGGCUGCGGCGCGUCAGUACGAGAACUAUGGUUACGUCUCGGGAGAGGUCAUGUUCCUGGUUAUGGCUCAUUAUCUCUACGCUAAUGCCUGCUCUAAGGGCGAGCAGCUUAUCAUUACUACUUGGGAUAUGUAUUACGAGAAAUGGGGUUUUAUGUUAAUCUUCUGGAACAUGGCUGGUGUCCCUCUUUCGUAUUGCCACUGCACUCUCUACCUCGCCAACCACGACCCGUCGGAGUAUGCUUGGAACAAGUAUGCCUUGGGUGUACUCUUUGUUACGUACCUAAUGGUAUACAUUGUUUGGGAUCAGGCCAACGGACAAAAGAAUGCCUUCCGGGCUAGAGAACGUGGGAACCACGAGAAGCGCAAGACCUUCCCGGCUCUACCUUGGAUAUACAUCGAUAACCCGAAGACCAUCGAUACGCAGACCGGCGACAAGAUUCUCGUUGACGGUUGGUGGGGAUACGCGCGCAAGUUGCAUUAUACGUGCGAUGCGUUCUUCGCCAUCAGCUGGGGUUUGAUCACGGGUUUCAACAGCCCCUUCCCCUGGUUCUACCCCGUCUUCUUCUGCUGCAUGAUCACGCAUCGCGCCAUGCGGGAUAUCGAGCGCUGCCAAACCAAGUACGGCGAGGCGUGGAAGGAAUACGAGAGACAGGUUCCGUACCUUUUUAUUCCGUACAUCAUUUAGACACCCCUAUACAUAUUUUUGGAUCGUGCAUCUCCAGGAAUAUCCAGCCUUUUUCGAUUCGAUGUUGGAGCGCAGCAGUGCAUAUGUGAAGCUUGUGGCCACGCGCGGUUUUUUCUAUGUACAUACUUUUACCAGAUUGCUUACGCCCUUUUUAAUGGCUGCAAGCCAACACACAAACACACACACCAGCAUAGACGACGACGAUGCUGUGGAGAAAACGAGCCGAAACGUACAC